AUGGCUGAACAGCAAACCCAACAGCCGAUCAGGAGGAGGAGACAGUCCAGCCUACUCAACACCAGCACCAACAACCACCAAAACCAAAACCAAAACCAAAACCAACCAACAACCAACUCAAACACAAUCAUAAUAAUGAGUCAACAGCAGCUACUCGUCAACUACCUCAAAUCAAAACUACCAGCACUCAUCAGCCUCGCCAUCGGAAUCAUCGUCGGCCUACUCUUCGCACUCAUCCUAUCAUCAAACACCAGCAACCCAUCCAGAAAAUCUUCCGAAUGGAGAGGCGGCACAACCGUACCCACCUGGACUCACUCCAGGACCGCCUCAACCAAAUUCAGCGUCCCCAUCCCCACCCUCGACCAACGCUUCAGAGUAUUCAAUCUACUCUCAACCCUCACCGGCCACCACACCCAAUCAUGCACAAAGUCAUCCCAGAAACCAUACAGGCGUCAGGUCUAUGAGAGGUACGAACCCCUCCUAGGCUACGAUCCUACUAGCAGCUCUCGAGCCAAGAACUCAAAACAAGGCGACUCAUCAUCCUCAACAUCCGGUCGAUCGAAAGCAGUCCGCCGAAAAGGCACCGGGCACAAAUACUUUUUCGCGAUCAAUCUCUACAACUCCUUCGACGUCAUCCCCGACCUGUUUUCGACCAUGUUCAAAGUCUCUGCCAUCCUGGGCUUCCAGAACGUGUUUGUGUCGGUGUACGAGAACGGCUCGUCGGACCAGACCAAGGCGCUCUUGCGACUCUUCGACGGCCUCAGUCGCUCCGUCGGCAUCCGCGUCGUCAUCCGCACCUCCCUUCGUACCAGAGGCGCCUUCCAUCAUCGGAUCGAAUAUCUCGCUGAGGUCAGAAACGCCGCCCUUGCUCCCCUCCAAGAGCUUAGAGACUCCGAAGGCGAAUUGUUCGAUACCGUCAUCUUCAUGAAUGAUGUCUUGCCUUGUACAGAUGAUCUGCUCGAAUUGAUCUGGCAGAGUCGAAGACAAAAUGCCGGGAUCACUUGCGGGGCUGAUUACAUCUUCCAUGAAGAGAUUGCCCAACCGGUAUUCUAUGACAAUUGGGUAGCGCGAGACAUCAACGGGACGGCGCUCGAGAAUGCGCCGUUCGAGUCGAUCUUCCGGGACCCGCCCUCGCAACACAAGUUCGAGCGCCAUCUGCCGAUCCAAGUGCAAUCGUGCUGGAACGGGAUCGCCAUCCUCGACCCGGCCCCCUUGUAUGCCCAUCCAAGGGUCCGGUUCAGGAUGGCCCGAUUGGCCGAGGGCGAGUGUAGCGCCUCGGAAUGCUCGCUGAUUUGUAACGAUUAUUGGAAUGCUGGGUAUGGCCGAAUCGUGAUGGUUCCCAGGGUCAAAUUAGCCUACGAUAAUAGGGUUUGGCAAAUCAUCCAUCCGGAACGCAAGAACUUGACGGUCAUCCGAGGAUACACACGGUUGGGCGGGACGCCGGAUGAUCCGACGGCGGAUCCGCAAGACCGGGCCUGGUUCGGCCCGCAUGACCGUCUCUUCAGGCUGGAGGAAAGCGAGGAGAUCGAGAUGAAACCGGAGCCCUCUUACGUUUGGUGUUGGGGUUGGGACGGCGCUGGCGACCUCGAUGGGCCCGACGUGGACCCGAUCUGGGAACCUACUAAAAACCUCACGUUUGAUCCGAGAGUGAUUCGUCAUGAUCGCGGAUUCGACUUCAAUUUCUGA